AGGUGGCGUUGCAGCGCGCAGAUGAUUGGCAGCUGUAUGUGUAGCUGCAUGAAGUACAGGAGGAUCCGUCACUUUGUGAAGAUUAUGAACUUACUUUGACUCGGGCAGCAUGUCGAUCGAGACAGAGGCUCUGCUCCAGGAGGCGAAGGAGAGCAUUGAGGCAGCGCAGAACUACAGGAGCGAGCUACAGCACCGAGUGCAGGGCCUGGACCUGGCACGCCAGCAGAUCAAGGGCAGCGCGACGCAGACCAGGGCUGUCCUGGUGCAGCACUUCCAGGCGCUGCAGGGCACAGUCAGCAGGCUGCUGGAAGAGAGACUGGCUGCUCUGCUGCUGGAGGUGGACGCUAUCGAGCAGGACAGCGUCCGGCCGCUGGACGACUGCCAGAAACUGAUCGAGCAGGGGGUGAGCACAGCCGACGAGCUGCUCAGGGAAGGCGAGGCUGCUCUGCGCUGUGGGGUCGGAGAGCAGGACGACAAGCUGGGCAGCUUUACUAAAAAGGCCCUGCAGAUUCAACUGGACAGUCUGCCCGAGGUGCCGUCCCUUGCGGAGGUGUCCUGCCUGUCUGCUCAGCUCGACGACUCCCUGCUCCCCGCAGUGAAGGGCAGGAUCUGCACCCAUGGCAGUGUCGCGUCGCACCCUCCUGUGCAGAUCGACGAGCUGGUGGAGCGGCCGGGAGGGAUCCUUGUGCGCUGGUGUAAGGUGGACGACGACUUUGUCGCUCAGGACUACCGUCUCCAGUAUCGCCGGAGCGUGUCGAGUCACUUUGAGGAUGCAUAUGUGGGGCAGGACAGCGAGUACCUGGUGCUGCACCUGGACCCCCACACGGAGUACCUGUUCCGCGUGUGUGCGCGGGGCGACGGACGCCAGGAGUGGAGCCCCUGGAGCAUCCCCCAGACUGCCUGCACCGCCCUCGCUCCCCACGAAUGGAGCCCGGGCAGUGAGGAGUACAGUCUGAGCAGCCGGAGGGACAUCGCAUUGAGAAAUGACUCCCAGCUGUGUGGAGCCGGGGUCCUGUACUCGCAGGCUCCCACCUACUGCUGCAGACAGACCCUCACUUUCAGAAUUAUAAGCGCAGGUCAGCCAGACAAGCGCGACAGUGUUGGAGUCUGUGUGGACCGUCGCAAUGGACAGGAUUCCUUACAGCGAGAUCAGGCUGUUUGCAUUACUACCAGUGGUGCCGUAUUUGUAAACGGCAAAGAAAUGACCAACCAGCUACCGGCCAUCUCGACUGGAUCUGCUGUGACUUUCGACAUGGAAGUGGUGAACGUGUUUCCUGUGAAUAUUAACAAUAACGAAGGGGCGAGCGUCAAGCUGAGGGUGACGAUUGGUUCAGGGAGCAGGGAGGUGGUGUUUGAUUGGUUACUGGAUCAGGUGUGUGAAGGGCUUUUCUUUGGGUGCUCCUUCACACACCCAGGCUGGAAAGUGUUUGUGUUUUAAUCCCUUCAUGUUUACCAAACCCACUUUCAUUCGAUUUACCUGUUAGGGUAACUGGUUCGAUGGGAAUUGUAGUUUCAUUUGAACAUUGAGGUUCAAAUGAAACUACAAUUCCCAUUGACAUUAGAACUGUUGCUUUUAAUUUCACACAAAUAUUAAAAGCGAUCUACAUUUACUUACUUUAAAGUCUCAAGGUUUAAAAAUGUAGUAAUUUUCACCUUUAACGUCAGUAAUGUAGUGUGAAGAGCGGUAGAAUUAAAACCAAGCUGUGCAUCAUUUUUGAAAAAAAAUGCAGGCUGUAAAUCACUGGGUUGCUUUUUUCAUUUUCCAAUACUUGUUUAGCAAAUACCUUGUCUUUCUACCAGCGUGACCGGCGGGGCGGUAGCAACAGGGUUUUCACUUUCUGCAAGGAAUCAGAAAGAUGCCACAACCCUAAACUCCUUGCAUGCUUUGAUAUAUAUUUUUUGCUUAAUGCCCAUGUUCACUUUUCUUGUGUCCAGAGACAAUCCUACAGUAUUAAAAAAAAUAAAUAAAAAGCAGAACCUUCUAGCUUUUGGAGCAUCAACAAAGUAGUAGUGAAUGGUUGUAAAAAUGAAACCGUGCCUCUUAAUGCCACCCUGUUCAGUUAGAUACAUUUAUAAAAUGUCACUUUUUAUACUGGUGAAGUAAGAAACAUUGGCAUGAUUGAUCUAUUCUUAAACCCUUGCAUCUGGUUCAGCAGCGCCAGGUUAAACAAAAAGAAAAAAAAAAAGCUAGAAAUCAAAGUGCCUGUCCAUAAUAAUUUCUCUCUAUGAGGUUAAUGAAGCAUUUAUACAAAAUCCAGGGUAGGAAGGGGCGGUCUGGUUGGCAAUGGAUUUUGUUAUUGCUGCAGUACCGGGUUUAGUAAGUUUGGAUUGACAAAGCACUUCAUUAUAUCCCAUUUCAUAUAAUGCUGUAUUCACAAACCAAUAACACACUAUAAAUACAGAGAACUGCAGUUCAUUUACUGUCUCUUGCAUUGGCAGAAUUGGGACUCUAUUAAUAUGCACCUUUUAAAAGAAACAAAAAAGUACUGCUUUAGCUGAAGUGUUCAACUGUGAGCAGUGGCUAUUUAUCCAGACCUUGUGUUUUACUUGUCUGUACUUUUCCUUGUGAAACAAUGUAAAUGGUUAUAGUAUUGUUUACUUAACUUAAGGUUUGUAUUUGCCAUCUUUGUUUUUGUUUAAGCAGCAGAAUGUGCUUGGUAAAUAUUUGUAUGAAAGCUGUAUUGUCAACAUUUAAAUAAAAAAAAAUAAAAAACUAUUUAAAAAAGUGAA